AUGCUUAUCAACGCUGCCCUCAUGGCCCUUGGGGCCACGGUAGUCAGUGCCGUCACUCCCCUCGAGAUCCAGGGAACCGACUUCAUCAACCCCGAGACUGGCAACAAGUUCCAGAUCGUCGGAAUGGCCUACCAGCCCGGCGGCAGCGCCGGCUACGACCCUGCCACUGGAAAGGAUCCUCUGAGCCACAAGGAGGAGUGUCUCCGAGAUGCUGCUCUGAUGCAGAUUCUGGGUAUCAACGCUAUUCGCGUCUACAACCUUGACCCCAACAUCAACCACGACGAAUGCGCCAGCAUUUUCAACGCUGCUGGCAUGUACAUGAUGAUUGACGUCAACUCACCCCUUCCCGGCGAGGCCAUCACCUCCGAGAACCCCUGGGAAAGCUACUACACCGAGUACCUCAACCGCACCUUUGCUAUCGCCGAGGCCUUUGGCAACUACCCCAACACCCUUCUCUUCUUCUCGGCCAACGAAGUCAUCAACAACAUCGAGACUGCCGAGGUUGUCCCUCAGUAUCUCCGUGCCGUCACCCGUGACCUUAAGGGCUACAUCAAGAACAACCUGAAGCGCCAGAUUCCCGUCGGCUACUCCGCUGCUGAUGUCCGCGAGGUCCUCUGGGAUACCUGGAACUACAUGCAGUGCUCUGAAUCCGGCGACAAGAACGACAUGAGCCGCGCCGAUCUCUUUGCUCUCAACUCGUACUCGUGGUGUGGUCCCGAGGCCACCUACAAGAGCUCCUCCUUCGAUAAGCUCACCGAGGGUUUCAAGGACACUUCUGUUCCCGUCUUCUUCAGCGAGUAUGGCUGCAACAAGCCCCAGCCCCGAUACUGGAACGAGACUCAGGCCAUGUACGGAAAGGAGAUGACCCCCGUCUUCUCUGGUGGCGUCGUCUACGAGUACACCGAGGAGGACAACAACUACGGUCUUGUCCAGAUCAAGGGAGACACCCUCCAGAUCCUCGGCGACUUCAACCGCCUCAAGAACCAGUUCGCUAAGAUUGACUGGAAGGAGGUUCAGUCUCAGCCUGCCAGCAAGACCGCCCCCAAGGCCCCCGCCUGCAAGGCCAGCAUCAUUGAGGAUGAGGGCUUCGACAACAACUUCACCCUCCCCGCCUACCCCCCUGGUGCUGACAAGCUGAUCAAGAACGGCAUUAAGAAUGCUCCCAGCGGCAAGAUCAUCAAGAUCUCGGACUGGAACGUCAAGCUCACUGUCAAGAACGCCGACGGUACCGAGAUGAAGAACCUCAAGGUCAUCCCUCUCGCCGACGACGAGUCGAACGCCGCGGGUAAGAACGAGGCCGACACUGGCAGCGAGACUGUCGAGAACAGCACCAGCUCGGACAACAGCACCAGCAGCGAUGACGAGGAGGAUGCCGCUGUCCUCACCCGACCCAUGAUGUGGGCUGUUGCCAUUCCCCUGGCCGCCAUGAUGUUUGCUCUGUAA